AUGGAGGCCAGCGCCGGGCUUGUCGCCGGCUCCCACAACAGGAACGAGCUCGUCGUCAUCCGCCGUGACGGAGAAAAUGGAGUAUGCCCCCUCCUUCCUCAUUUCCGCCGAUUCCUGACGAUGCCUUCGUCUUCCUCUUCUCCUUCUAUCUCAAUCUUCUUCUUCUUCUGAUUCUGACUCUUCCGAUUCUUGCUGUUCCUGCUCUAACGGCGGUGGUGGUGGGUUGCAGCCGAAGCCGCUGAAGAAUCUGAGCGGGCAAAUCUGCCAGAUUUGCGGGGACGACGUGGGGCUCAACCCCGAGGGCGACCUUUUCGUGGCCUGCAACGAGUGCGCCUUCCCCAUCUGCCUCACCUGCUACGACUACGAGCGCCGAGAGGGCAACCAGGUCUGCCCCCAGUGCAAGACCCGCUUCAAGCGCAUCAAAGGUGCUCCCCCUCCGCUCCCAAAAGAAAACCUCCUUCUUCCUCCCUCAAUCUUCGUCUUCUACCUCAAUCUUAUUCUUUCUACGCUGAAAUCUCCUCCGCCGCCGCCGCAGGGUGCGCGAGGGUCGCCGGGGACGAGGAAGAAGACGACAUCGACGAUGUGGAGAAUGAGCUCAACUUUGCGGGGAGGGAGCGGCAGCGCAUGGCGGAGGCCAUGCUGCACGGCCACAUGAGCUACGGCCGCCACUCCGACAUCCACCAGGCCGACAACGCGCCGCCCCAACUCCCCCUCCUCACCAAUGGCGAGAUUGUAUGAUGUUCAUCAGUAUCUUCUUCUGCUGCUUCUUCUUCUCUGAAUUUUCUUCUUCUUCUUCUUCUUCUUCUUCUCUGAAUCUUGUUCUUCUUCUUCUUCUUCUCUGAAUUUUCUUCUUCUUCUUCUUCUUCUUCUCUGAAUCUUGUUCUUCUUGUUCUUGUUCUUCUUCUUCUCUGAAUUUUCUUCUUCGUCUUCUUCUUCUCUGAAUCGGGAUUUCUCGGACUGUGAUUGCAGAUUGAUGACAUCCCGCCGGAGCAGCACGCUCUGGUGCCGGCCUUCACGGGCAGCGGAGGAAAAAGGAUCCACCCUCUCCCUUUCACGGAUUCGAACAGUCUUCCAGGUGGGUUGAUUGGCCGCUCCCCCCCUCCCCACCCCCCCCACCCUCCUGGUUUUUUUCUGUUUAAUUUCCAUGUCGCUGAGGAGGAGGAUCAUGAUGAUGAUCCUGCUGCGGCAUAUUAUCAGCGCAACCGAGAUCCAUGGACCCUUCCAAGGACCUGGCGGCGUACGGCUAUGGCAGCGUGGCCUGGAAGGAGAGGAUGGAGAGCUGGAAGCAGAAGCAGGAGAGGCUGCAGCUAGCGAAGAACGAGAAUGGCCGCAAAGAUUUCGACGACGACGACGACGAUCCUGAUCUGCCCAUGUAAAUAUGUCAACGCCGUCGAAUUCUGAGGCCUGAAAGUCGCCUCCUUUCUGAGGUUUUUUCUGAUCUGAGCUGAUCUGAGCAGAAUGGACGAGGGGAGGCAACCGCUGUCGAGGAAGUUGCCCAUCGCCUCCAGCAAGAUCAACCCGUACAGGAUGAUCAUCAUCAUCCGGCUGGUGGUGGCGGGCUUCUUCUUCCACUAUCGGGUGACUCACCCGGUCAACGACGCGUACCCUCUCUGGCUCAUCUCCGUCAUCUGCGAGAUCUGGUUCGCCAUAUCCUGGAUCCUCGACCAGUUCCCCAAAUGGCUCCCUAUUGAGCGGGAGACCUACCUGGACCGGCUCUCUCUGAGGUGGGUCAACGAUCUUCCUCCAUAUUCUUCUUCUUCUUCCUCAAUUUCUUCUUCUUCUUCUUCUUCUUCUUCUUCUCGUUGCGCCACCGCCGGCGAUGGCUGAAAGUUGGGAUUUUCAUGUGCGGCGCCGCCGCGACGCAGGUACGAGAAGGAAGGGCGGCCCUCUCAGUUGUCGCCGGUGGACAUAUUCGUUAGUACGGUGGAUCCGAUGAAGGAGCCGCCGCUGGUCACCGCCAACACCGUGCUGUCCAUCCUCUCCGUUGACUACCCCGUUGACAAGGUCUCCUGCUACGUCUCCGACGACGGCGCCGCCAUGCUGACCUUCGAGGCGCUGUCGGAGACCUCGGAGUUCGCCAAGAAGUGGGUCCCCUUCUGCAAGAAGUUCAGCGUCGAGCCGAGGGCCCCGGAGUGGUACUUCCAGCAGAAGAUCGACUAUCUCAAGGACAAGGUCCUCCCCUCCUUCGUCCGAGAACGCAGGGCCAUGAAGGUGUUGACCCACCCCGACCCCCUCUGGUUUUUUUCUUCUUAUUCGAACAUUUCGGGAGGCGUUGACCUUCGGGUGAUUUGCAGAGGGAGUACGAGGAAUUUAAGGUGAGGAUCAAUGCCCUGGUGGCGAAGGCUCAGAAGGUUCCCGAAGACGGCUGGACGAUGCAGGACGGCACGCCAUGGCCGGGGAACAACGUCCGCGACCAUCCCGGGAUGAUCCAGGUGCGGAGCAGUUCAUCAUCUUUUUCCUCCUUCCAUCUUCCUCGUACUCUCUGCUGGUCCGGCUGAUCCAUUGUCUCUGGGCUUGAGUUUGCAGGUGUUUCUGGGCCAGAACGGCGGAGUGGACACCGACGGCAACGAGCUCCCCCGCCUGGUCUACGUCUCGAGAGAGAAGAGGCCCGGGUUCAACCACCACAAGAAGGCCGGCGCCAUGAACGCCCUGGUACGACCUCUGGCGACGACGGCGGCGCCGCCAUUCUCAUUUAUUCAUUGAUUCAUGCGUUCAUUGGCUCAUUCAUGGGUAAAUACAAUAAACAAUGGUGGCGCAGGUGAGAGUGUCGGCGGUGCUCACGAACGCGCCCUACCUGCUGAAUCUCGACUGUGAUCACUACUUCAACAACAGCAAGGCUCUGAGGGAGGCAAUGUGUUUCAUGAUGGACCCGCUGAUGGGGAAGAGGGUCUGCUACGUGCAGUUUCCCCAGAGAUUCGACGGCAUCGACUUUCACGAUCGAUACGCCAACAGGAACAUCGUCUUCUUCGACGUGAGCCGUUGACCAAAGCUUGUCCCUCCUCUCCCCAUUCUGCGUUGAGUUUAGCUGAGGCCGUUGACCGGGUGGUGUAUGUGUGCUCUGGAAACAGAUCAACAUGAAGGGCCUGGACGGGAUCCAGGGGCCGAUCUACGUCGGCACCGGAUGCGUCUUCCGGCGGCAGGCUUUCUACGGAUUCGACGCCCCCAAAGCCAAGAAGCCUCCGAGCAGGACCUGCAACUGCUGGCCGAAAUGGUGCUGCUGCUGCUUCAGCUGCUGCUUCGGGAGGAAGAAGAAGGCUGCGAAGGCCAAGCAGGGGAAGAAGAAGACGACGACGGCUGUUCUUGGCGGCCCCCCGGAGCUGGCUCUGGAGAGGAUCGAAGAGGGUAGGGGCGACGACGACGACGACGACCCGCUUGUUUUGGUCCUUUUGCUAAUACUCUGGUUUUUUCUUUUUGUGGGGGGGAUCUGCGCAGGUUCGGUCAAGGACAAUAAGUCAACGGUGGUGUCGGCGAACAAGCUGGAGAAGAAGUUCGGUCAGUCGCCAGUGUUCGUGAAGUCAACGCAGAUGGAGAACGGCGGCACGCCCAAUGGCGCCAGCCCGGCGUCUCUGCUGAAGGAGGCCAUCCACGUCAUCAGCUGCGGAUACGAGGACAAGACCGACUGGGGCAAGGAGGUCAGCUCCCCGAAUCAUCGAAACCUUGUUCUUCUUCCUCUUCCUCUCAUCCUCGCCGGCGACUGAAACAAUGGCGGCGGCGGCGGCGGCGAUUACUGUUGCAAUGCAGGUCGGGUGGAUCUACGGGUCGGUGACGGAGGAUAUCUUGACUGGGUUCAAGAUGCACUGCCACGGGUGGCGCUCGAUCUACUGCAUCCCGUCGCUGCCAGCGUUCAAGGGGUCAGCGCCGCUGAACUUGUCGGAUCGGCUGCACCAGGUGCUCCGGUGGGCGCUGGGGUCGGUGGAGAUCUUCCUCAGCAAGCACUGCCCCAUCUGGUAUGGCUACGGCGGCGGGCUCAAGUGGCUCGAGCGGCUCUCCUACAUCAACGCCACCGUCUACCCGUUGACCUCCAUCCCCCUCCUCGCCUACUGCACUCUCCCCGCCGUCUGCCUCCUCACCGGCAAGUUCAUCACCCCCGAGGUAAAAAUAAACCAACACUCUUUUCCUCUUCUACCUCAGUCUUCUUCUUCUUCUUCUUCUUCUUCGCCAAUCUCCGGCUAGCUAAGCUGAAAGUUGAGAGUAACGUGGUUUUGGCAGCUGAGCAACGUGGCGAGCCUGUGGUUCCUGUCACUGUUUAUCUGCAUCUUCGCGACGAGCAUCCUGGAGAUGAGGUGGAGCGGGGUGGGGCUCCAGGAUUGGUGGAGGAACGAGCAGUUCUGGGUCAUCGGCGGCGUCUCCGCCCACCUCUUCGCCGUAUUCCAGGGCCUCCUCAAGGUCCUUGCCGGCAUAGACACCAACUUCACCGUCACCUCCAAGGCCACCGACGACGACGCCUUCGCCGAGCUCUACCUCUUCAAGUGGACGACUUUGCUCAUCCCCCCGACGACCCUCCUUGUGGUCAACCUCAUCGGCGUCGUCGCCGGCAUCUCCAACGCCAUUAACAACGGGUACGAGUCCUGGGGGCCGCUCUUUGGGAGGCUCUUCUUCGCCUUCUGGGUCAUCGUCCACCUCUAUCCUUUCCUCAAGGGUCUCCUGGGGAGGCAGAACAGGACCCCCACCAUCGUCAUCGUCUGGUCCAUCCUCCUCGCUUCCAUCUUCUCUCUCCUCUGGGUCCGCAUCGACCCAUUCCUCCCCAAGGCGGAGGGCCCUCUCCUCGAAGAGUGCGGGCUCGACUGCAACUUCUGA